AUGUAUCCCCAUCACAUCAGGUGUGCCCAUCAGAGUGCUCCUUUACAUCAGUUGUCCCCAUCAGAGUGCCCCUUUACAUCAGUUGUCCCCAUCAGAGUGCCCCUUUACAUCAGGUAUCCCCAUCACAUUGCCACCUUACAUCAGGUAUUCCUGUCAGAGGGUCCCCUUACACUCAAAGUACCCCUUUCUAUCCCCAUCAGAGUGCCCCUUUACAUCAUAUUCGCCAUCAGAUGCCCCUUUCCAUCACAUGUGCCCAUCAGAGUGCCCCUUUCCAUCACAUGUGCCCAUCAGAGUACCCCCUUUCCAUCACAUGUGCCCAUCAGAGUGCCCCCUUAACAUAACAUGUGCCCAUCGGAGUGCCCCCUUUCCAUCACAUGUGCCCAUUAGAGUGCCCCCUUAACAUAAAAUGUGGCCAUCAGAGUGCCCCUUAACAUAA